AUGGGUCGCUCAGGUUACGAAAUGCCCAACAACCGCUCUUCCAUGUCUGAUCCCGACGCGCCGCCUCCCCGCAGAGCCGGUGUGGGCUUAAUUGGCCCCAGCCCCUCCUGGUCGGCACAACAAGACCCCAAAGGAAAAGGGAAGGAGCGCGCUGAUGCACCUCCUGCUUCAUCUGAUGAGGCUCAGCGCAUUCCUAAUGCGCACCUUCCUCCGGUUAGACGGAGCGCGGAUUUCCGCGAAGCUGUCAUUGAGCCUUUCCCGGUUCUGCCUGAGAGCAGGAGGCGCCACCGUGGAUUUGGACUUGACGUGGGUCCUCGAACCUACACUCCGGUUGCCGCCGGAGGUGGUGGUGGUGCCAGUCGCGAGACUCACGCUCGUCCUCGAGCAUUGGAGCUGAGGGGUGGCAGUAGCAACCAACCCAUUGAUGUCGACAUGGGCGGCACAUCCGCUUCGUUGUCGGCUGGACCAGGUGGCGCUGACAACGGUGAUGGUAUCGACGAUGAUGACCUGGAGACUCCUCGCGCGUCCCAGUUCGCGUUGCCGGAUUAUUCACCCAGGACUGCUUCUCAGUCUUCGCAACACCCUUUACAACCUCAACACUCGCAAACUUACUACCAGGGGAACAGACAGUACAACAAUCUCCCUGCUCCUCGACGCGUCCUCCCCUCACAAGCCUCUCAGUUUGGCCUCGCCGCCAAUAACAACAGCAGCGGUGGUAGCGGCAACUUCCAGUCCCACUCCCAGGCCUCGCAACCGGCCUUCAACUUCAACAACAACCCUCCUCCGUCUUCGUCUAGGCACAAUGCCUUUACCUCAGGUACAUCUCAGCCAUCUCAGUUGUACGGUUCGAGUGGCUACGGAACUGGCGCGUACGGUUUGGACUCCUCCUCCUCCUCGUCCUCAUCCUUUGGAAUGAACAAUGCAAGGGGCAUGGCAACCCCCAACCCAGGUUCGAUGGGUUACCCCCCGGGACUGGGCCCAAUGUCUGCAGCGGCAAGCAGCAACCCCAGGACCGCCUUCAGACCACCGUCCGGAUCCAGCUCCGGAUCCAGCUCCGGAUCCAGCUCCGGCUCCAGCUCCGGCUCCAGCUUCGGACAGGGACAGGGACCGGGACCCAGACUCGAGGACCGCAACUUCUCUUUCUUUCCGCCGCAACCACCAACCCAGGCCGAGAAAGACCGGCGCAGAAAGGCGGCUCUGGAUGCCGGGUUUGAAGAGUUGUUGGCUAAGAGGCAGAAGAGGAACCACUAG